AUGCUCAAAACCGAAUCAGAGAAGUCAUUGAAGUUGCGAAUGGUAUUGCAGCUGAUCCUCCUCCAAAGCAGUAGCGAUUAUCAGGUUCCGGUUAAAGUACGACUUGCACCACGAUCUUUGUGUUCGCCCGAUGUCUUUCAACGAUCCGACUGA